AAGAGAUCAAUAUUAUUAUCAUCCUCCUGUACAAGAGUACAAAGUUUAAUAGUACCUACAUAGUAACAUGUCGAAGUUCACUUGUUUUGUUUUGUGCGUUUUGGCUGUGAGCUUCUGCGAAGUUCGCUCCAAUGCACUAGAAAAGGCAGCUAUCCGUGCGGCCGUGUACCCUCUAAUAGUGGAUUGUGCGAAAGAGAACGGCGUCACCCUGGAACAACUGAAAGCUGCUAAGGCUUCACACAGCGCUGAGGGUAUCAACCCCUGCUUCCAGAGCUGCGUUUACAAGAAAACUGGAAUUUUCAACGACAACGGUGAAUACGACGUCGCCAACGCUAAGACCAAGCUGCAGAAGUUCGUGACCGAUGAAGACGAGUACGCCAGAAUCGCUGAAGUUGGCAAGACAUGCGCUUCAGUGAAUGACAAGUCUGUGAGUGAUGGUGCCGCUGGAUGUGAGAGGGCUGCGCUGUUGACAGCUUGCUUCUUGGAGCACAGGGCUCAGAUCAUCAUCUAAGCGCACCUUCGACUCAACCUACAUCCAGUGUGAUGCACAUAUUUUUUUUGUUCCUAUGUAAAUAUAAAUUCAAUAAAGCCGUUUUUGUUUAUAAA